AUGCCUUUUAUGUCACCAGUUUCAAACUUGUGUCAUAUACAUCAUCCUGCCAAUGGAAUCUGUGUUGAGCAGGUUGACCGUUUUCUUUACAGCAACUCCUUUCCCUUCUUUCCUUCUUUCUUUCUUUCUUUCUUUCUUUCUUUUUCACUGAAACCAAUUAGUUUUAACCAGAUUCUUUCUCUUCAUUUCUUUCUUUCUUUCUUUCGUCUUUCUGUCUUUCUUUCUUUCUUUCUUUUCUAUGUCUUUCUUUCUUUCUUUCUUUUCUAUGUCUUUCCUUCUUUCUUUCUGCCUGUUUUCCUUUCUUUCUUUCUUUCUUUCUUUCUUUCUUCCUGUUUCCGACACAACACUUUCUUUCUAUCUGUCUUUCUGUCUAUCUGUCUUUCUGUUUUUCUUUCUUCAUGUCUUUCUUUCUUUCAUUCUUUCUAUCUAUCUAUCUAUCUAUCUAUCUAUCUAUCUAUUCUUUCUUUCUUUCUUUCUCUUUUUCUUUCUAUCUGUCUUUUUCUUUCUUUUUGUCUUUCUUUCUUUCAUUUUUUCUUUCUUUCUGUCUUUCUUUCUUUCAUUCUUUCUUUCUUCUGCCUUUCUUUCUUUCGUCUUUCCUUCCUUCAUUCUUUCUGUCUUUCUGUCUUUCUUUCUUUCUUUCUUUCUUUCUUUCUUUCUUUCUGUCUUUCUGUCUUUCUUUCUUUCAUUCUUUCUCUCUUUCUUUCUAUCUGUCUUUCUGUCUUUCUGUCUUUCUUUCUGUCUUUCUUUCUUUCAUUCUUUCUCUCUUUCUAUCUAUCUAUUCUUUCUUUCUUUAUUUGUUUCUUUGUUUCUUUCUUUCUUUAUAUCUGUCUUUCUUUCUUUCUUUCUUUCUUUCUUUCUUUCUUUCUUUCUUUCUUUCUUUCUUUCUUUCUUUCUUUCUUUCUUUCUUUCUUUCUUUCUUUCUUUCUUUCUUUCUUUCUUUCUUUCACUGAAACCAAGUAA